AUUUGCAUUAUUGAAUAAAAUGAUCCUAAGAGCUUAUGUUUAGAGGAAGGACUGAAUAAUCGUGUGAAAUUCUAAUGUGUACAUCCACGUUUAGGGUAAGUUGAACUUGAUUAAUAGGUCACGGGGCGUCUAAACAUAGACCAAUAUCCCUUGCGUGGAAAUUUUACUGAUCCUGUGGAAGUUUUUUACAAGGUUCAAAUACAAGACCUCCAGAUGAGUUAAAGUUUGACUAAGAUUAAUCCCAUCAGUUUGAUGAUCUUGUUAUCUUAUCACUCUGCAGGUUCUGGUUUACCAUGAUUUGUUGGGAAUGCUGCAACAUCCACAUCAUGCCAAGGUUACCCCAAAAUUCUGCAAGCAGUAUGCACGUGUUGGAGAUGUGAUUAACAAAGCUCUUUCGGAGUACAAGGAAGAAGUGAUGAACGGUUCAUUCCCUGGUCCUGCCCAUACUCCAUAUAAAAUCACUGAUACUGAAGUCAAUAAAUUCGCUAAUGAGUUACAAAAAUUGGGUUUGGACAAGUCAGCGGCUGUAGUAGCUGAGAAGAUUAAUACAUCAUCUAAUUCUAAAGACUGAGUAUGGAGCAAUCCAACAGCUAUCGCUUUUUAUUUGCAAAGGAUGAAUAGUCAAACAAUACAAUUUUUCCUAACCAUUAGUAGUUAUCGUUCUUAAUAAAAUAUCCGAUUAGCAUACAACAAACGUCUGAACAUAGACCCUAAUCGUUUGAGAGCUUUAGAAUUCUAUAAUGAAGUUGUGGUUCCAGCUUGAAAUCAGCAAUUUUGAAGCUGUGUCAAUGGCUAUCGUUGAACUGGUUUAAAGAUGGUCUUCGGCAAACCAUCUAAAUUUUGUCACUAAUCAUACCUAAAGUUCUAAAAACUGUAUGAGUUCCAAUGUCAAAUUCUGGUUACUAACUCCAGGAGUUUCUGGAA